AUGGCCAACGACGAAUAUGAUUUUCUCUUCAAAGUCGUUCUGAUCGGAGAUUCCGGAGUCGGAAAAUCCAAUCUUCUCAGCCGAUUCACCCGAAACGAGUUCAACCUGGAUUCCAAGUCCACCAUCGGCGUCGAGUUUGCCACUAGAUCCAUUCAGGUCGAUUCUAAAACGAUCAAGGCGCAGAUUUGGGACACCGCUGGACAGGAACGUUAUCGCGCUAUUACCUCUGCCUACUACCGAGGUGCUGUUGGCGCUCUACUCGUCUACGAUAUCAGCAAACAUCAAACUUAUGAGAACGUCACCCGGUGGCUGAAGGAGCUGCGCGACCACGCCGAUGCAAAUAUUGUCAUUAUGCUCGUUGGAAACAAGAGUGAUUUGAGACAUUUGAGAGCUGUGCCCACUGAGGAGGCCAAGGCCUUUGCCAGUGAAAACCACUUGUCAUUCAUUGAGACUUCUGCUUUGGAUGCCAGCAACGUUGAGCUUGCCUUUCAAAACAUUCUUACUGAAAUCUACCGAAUCGUUUCCAGCAAGGCUCUUGACAGCGGCGAUGGUGCUCAGGCCACGAUCGGUGCUGGCACCAACAUCUCACUCAGCAAGCCUGCCGACGACGAAUCCGCUAAGGGGGGUAAAUGCUGCUAG